UAUGUAUACUUUUUGGAAUUAUAUAGAAUGGCCGAAGAAAAUGGUAAAAUCGAAUUUGUGACAGAACCUUUUCCCAUUAAACCUCGCAAAUUUGGACCACAAAAUAUUGUUGUACGACUUAGAAGAAGAGAAACAUUUGGUUGUCCAUAUCCUGGAACUCAUGUUCAUAAUGCUAGACAAUUUUAUCAAAAUGUAUUUCCAAAUUUUACAAUUAUGAAUGUGGAAAAGCCACCAUGUUUUCUUAGAAAAUUCAGUCCAGAUGGAAAAUAUUUGAUAGCUUUUAGUGCAGAUCAAACGUCUAUAGAAGUUUAUGAAUAUCGCGGAGCAUCUGCAGCAGCAGAUCUUUUAGCUGAUAUUAAAGGAGAAUAUAUAGGACAUAAAAAUAAUGAUGUUAACAUUAAUAUAAGAUCCAAUGUUUUCAAUCGAUUUUUCAAGGCUAAAUGGACGAUUAAUGUAGUUCAAUGCAACCAGCAAUUAAACAGAGAAUGUAGUUUAUUUACGGAUGAUUGUCGUUAUGUUAUUGUGGGUUCUGCAGCACAUAUUCCUGAUGAACUCAGGCCUCAUUUUUAUCAAAUCUAUUCAAAUAAUGAAGCAUUAACACCUAAUCCGAGAUCUCCACUUGAGGAUUAUACUUUGCAUCUAGUAGACAUACGAGAUGGAAAAUUAUGUCAUACUAGACAUUUCAAAUUUGAUAAGAUAUAUUUAUCUCAUAAUCAAGGUCUUUAUUUAUACAAAGAUGUUCUGGCUGUGUUAUCUGUGCAACACCAAACAAUACAUGUAUUUAAAAUUCUUAAUGGAAUGUUUAUUUAUAUUAAAUUAAUAGGAAGAUUUUGUAUGGGAGAUGAAACUUAUUUAUUUUCAUUUGGUGCAUGGCGUGGUGUAAAUUAUAGAUCAUUUAGGGAUACUAGAAUAAACAGCCUUAAACACAAAUUGUUAGUAUUUUUAUAUAGAAGGGCAGAAUAUAUAAGUGCUACAACUAAUAACCCAUAUGAAUUAAGACGAUUUUAUCAAUAUUUUGAUCAGUUGAAUGCAUUAAGAAUGUGGAAAAUGCAAUUAUUGGAUGCAAAUCAUAUACUUAUAAGAUUUGCUAGUGAAGAAGUUGCAACUCUUCAGGCAAAUGAACCAAAUGCACAACCAGCUCUCCUUGUUGUAUAUAAUAUGGAAACUGCUAAAAUUUUGGCUGUAUAUGAUAAUGCAUCUACUCAAUUGCUGACCCAAUUUGAAAACUUCAGUGAUUUUUUUAGAAAUGCUAGAAUGAGUACAGAUUGCCAAUACAUGUGUUCUCCGUCAAAUAAUAUUUAUGCUCGAUUAAUGCAACAGAGGUUCAAACAGACAAUAGUAAGUGCCAGGUAUGGUGGAAUUACAGAAGCUACGAAAAGGUUACUUGCACAAUUACCAAUUUGCGCUCAGUCUUAUUCAAGUUCUCCAUACCUUGAUUUAUCUUUAUUCUGUUACGAUGACAAAUGGGUAUCUAUGAUGGAACGACCCAAAGCUUCCGGAGAACAUCCUAUUCGGUUUUAUGCUCGUGAUUCGGGUCUUUUGAAAUUCAAAAUGUAUGCAGGAAUGUUUGGUCGCACAGCACCAACUGCAGCAAGAAGAUUAGUAGCAUUUAUUUUUCAUCCAACAGAUCCAUUUGCUAUAUCAGUUCAACGUACUAAUUCUGAAUACAUUGUUAGUUUUCAUAUAAGGCAUAUCUGAAUAAUGUAUAACAAUAUUGUUGUGUUAUACCAAGCUACUUAAAGUACUUUUGUAUACAAGAACAAAAAUGUUUGAUAUAUAUAUAUAGGUAAGAUAUAAAUGUAAAUAGAAAAUUCUUUACACCUAAAGUUUUUAUACAAAACAAUAAGGACUCAAUAUUUAAUGCCAUCAUUAAUUUAAGA